UAGGAGCAGUACAUUUUAUCCAUAUGCUUCUGGAGCCUGAUCCUGACAAGCGUCCAACUGUAAAAGAAGCAAUGGAAGACAAAUGGUUAAAUGAGGGAUUUCAACAAAAACCACUGAAUGCUGUUUCAUUUAGAAAUAGACUGCGUCCUGAUGAGCUGAAUCCCAUUGUUUUAAAUUACAUGAGCGAAUCCUUGGAUCUCAGUAUUUCAGAGAUUAUCAAUACACUGGUGAAUAACAGGCCUUCUCCAGUUACAGCUUCAUACUAUUUACUUCAGAAGAAACUAUUAAAACAUCAGAAAGAAAAGGGAGUUUUAAAGGAAAAAGGUUCUGAUAAAUGGAAUUUACCUUCUACAAUGCUCUGGGUUGAAACUACUGAAUCUAAUACUUCUACAAAAAAGAUUCAUUUAGAGGUAUUUCUUCCAUGCUGGUCAGACAUUGAGAAAAGUUAUGACAUUUAA